AUGCCUUCUUUGGUAUCUUCCAGGGAUGUGAAAAGUAACAAGAUUUCAGGCAUUUCAGACAACAUUAACUUCUCUCCAGAUGUCACCCUCAGGACUACAUGGGCUAAGCUAAGAGACAACUCAACUACUGGUGUAGUGUUUUUUGUUGUAUGUCGUGGAAAGGUAAGUGAAGGAUUAGAUUUUGCUGAUCAAGCUGGAAGAGCUGUAAUUAUGACUGGAAUUCCAUUUGCAAUGAGGAAAGAUCCAAAAAUCCGUUUAAAACGUGAGUUUUUAGACCAACAUGUACUCUCCCAAAAAGGAUCCAAGAAAGAUCAAAUCUUUUUCAAGAAAAUCCCUUCUAAAUCUUGCCGUCCAAGAAUCAGAGAAAUGCUUCAAGCUGCAGCUAAAAUGGGGUUGACAGUGUGUAGAACUUGGGCUUUUAACGAUGGCGACUAUAAUGCCCUUCAGAUUGCCCCUGGACAAUUUGAUGAGAGGGUAUUCAAGGCAUUGGAUUAUGUGAUUGCAGAAUCAAGACAAGUUGGAAUACGGCUUUUGUUUAGCCUGGUUAAUAACCUCCAAGCAUAUGGUGGCAAGACUCAGUAUGUGAAAUGGGCAUGGGAUGAAGGUGUUGGUUUGAGUGCCUCUAAUGAUUCCUUCUUCUUUGAUCCAUCAAUUCGCCUUUAUUUUAAGAAUUAUGUCAAGACCAUCUUGACAAGGAAGAACUCCAUCACAGGAGUUGUGUACAGGGAUGAUCCCACCAUCUUUGGGUGGGAGUUAAUUAAUGAGCCUCGUUGCAUCACUGAUGCUUCUGGUGACACCCUACAAGACUGGAUAGAAGAAAUGUCAUCAUUUAUAAAAUCAAUCGAUAGAAAACAUAUGUUGACUAUUGGGCUUGAAGGGUUUUAUGGCCCAAAAAGUCCAAAGAAAGAUUCAGUCAAUCCAGAAUUUUGGGCUGCUGAUCUUGGAGCUGAUUUUGUUCGCAAUUCUGCACCCUCCACCAUUGACUUUGCCUCUGUUCAUAUAUAUCCUGACCAUUGGUUUAAAAAGAAGAGUCUUGAAGGAAAACUAAAAUUUGUUGCCAAAUGGAUGCGUUCCCACAUUGAAGAUGGGGACCAAGUGUUGAAGAAACCCGUGAUGUUUACAGAAUUUGGUUUAUCAGAUUUAAACAAAGGCUUUAACCCUUCACAAAGAGACCAAUUCUACAAAACCGUAUAUGAUGUCAUUUAUGAAUCUGCAAAGAAAAAGGGGGCAGGUGGAGGAUCUUUUGCAUGGCAAUACUUUGUGGAAGGAAUGGAGGAUUAUAAUGAUGAUUUUGGAAUAGUGCCAUGGAAGAGAGCUUCAACUUAUGAGAUUAUAACAAAACAUACGUGCGAGUUAGCAAAAGUUCAUGGGAGGAUUGAGUCCCAAAACUUGAAACAACUUUGUAAUCAUUAGUGAUGAAAAGGGGGUUGAUUAUUUAUUGUCUUCUUUGUCUAAAUAAUUUGAUUUGUUUUGUGGGGAUUUGAGGUUUUUGGUUGAUUAUAGGGGAUGAUGAUGGUGUUUGGUUUUUUGUGUAAGCC